AUGUACGUUGGCUUCUGCAACCCCCAAAGCGCUGAAACGGCCCCCCUUCUGGACUUUGUGCAUCGGCUGGGUCAUCGGGCCACAGCAGCGCCGUACGAAACAGAAUCGAAGCACGCACUAUUGCACACGACCUGGGCCGAACGACAAUCGUCUGUCUCAAUGUCGUGGCAUCCCGAGCAUUCGACGCCUGAUGCCGCGGGGCCAACACCAAUCUUCCAAGCCGUUAUCUAUAUCCUUUACGAGGGUCACAGCAACUCGACCGUCGCAACCGCAACCCAACAGUACCACUGCCCCCAUCCUUCACGGUACGCCAGCCGUGCCAGCUCAACAACGCACCUGUCGCCUAGUGUCUCCGGCUACUCGGUGGUCCGGCUCUCCCCCUCACACUACAUUCCGGAAUCUCACCACAGUGCAGUCGUGUAG